CAAAAAGUUUUGGACGGCAGUAUGGAAAUGUGGCGGGGCAGCAAGCUUAAUACAAAAUUCUGCCCUCCCGGCCGCCGACCACAACUUUCUCUUCUCGUUUUCUUUUGUUAUCCAGAAGAGCUGCCAAACUCCAGAGCAUGACGACCGCUGCUUGAACGACGACGACUCUUCUGGUAUCACUCAAAACCACUUCUUUCUCAUCCCACUGCUGCCCUCUGACGGCACAAGAGCUCUCCACCUCCCUGAACCCGAGCUCCCCACCAUCCCAGGGACUCUCCUGUCUUUUCGCCGCGUCCUCCGUCCUCCGUUCUGGGUCAAAAGUCAUCAUCAUCCUCCUUCUCACACAUUCGCUCCCCAAUUCCUUCCCUUCUUCCUCCUACGACCAAACAAUCCCUCUUCUCAGACACGAUGGAGGCCAAACUCUACGCCCCCGCCACGGCGCCCCUCACCUCUUCCGAGAAGCUCGUCACUCUUGAGCUUCAAGAUGGUGUGGUCUACCAAGGCUACAGCUUUGGUGCCCCCAAGAGCAUUGCCGGUGAACUGGUGUUCCAGACCGGCAUGGUUGGAUAUCCCGAGUCGGUGACAGACCCAUCCUACCGCGGCCAGAUUCUGGUCAUCACAUUCCCGCUGGUCGGCAACUACGGCGUCCCCUCGAGGGAAACAAUGUGCGAGCUUCUGAAGGAUCUUCCUGCCCACUUCGAAAGCCACCAGAUUCACAUCGCCGGUCUCGUCGUAGCCACCUAUGCUGGCGAAGACUACUCCCACUACCUCGCCACAUCCUCAUUGGGCGCAUGGCUCAAGGAGGAGGGCAUCCCCGCCAUGUAUGGCGUUGACACCAGAGCGCUCACAAAGCGCAUUCGUGAGGAGGGUAGCAUGCUCGGUCGCAUGCUGUUGCAAAACGACAGCCUCGCCGACCUGGCGGCUCUUAACAAGGCCGGCCAGGACUGGAGGCCAUAUUUCGAGCAACUCGAAUGGGUUGAUCCCAACAAGAAGAAUCUCGUAGCGGAGGUGUCCAUCAAGAAGCCCAAGCUCUACAGCCCCCCAUCGGCUUCGGCCCUCAAGCACUCUACCGGCCGGUCGAUUCGUAUCCUCUGUCUCGACGUCGGUAUGAAGUACAACCAGCUCAGAUGCUUCCUCAAGCGUGGCGUUGAGGUUCUCGUUUGCCCUUGGGACUACGAUUUCUCCAAGGAGGAGUACGAUGGUCUCUUCAUCUCCAACGGUCCUGGUGAUCCCGCUGUGAUGAAGGAUACUGUGAAGCACAUCUCUGACGCCCUUGCUGAGAACAAAACGCCCAUCUUUGGUAUCUGCUUGGGACACCAGCUUCUUGCUCGCGCUUCUGGUGCGCAGACAGUCAAGCUGAAGUUCGGUAACCGCGGUCACAACAUCCCCUGCACGAGCAUGGUGACUGGCAAAUGCCACAUCACUUCCCAGAACCAUGGUUAUGCCGUUGACGCUGCUACCCUUCCCACUGGCUGGCAGGAGCUCUUCGUGAACGCCAACGACGGCAGCAACGAGGGUAUCAUGCACGUCGACAAGCCCCACUUCAGUGUUCAGUUUCAUCCCGAGAGCACCCCCGGCCCUCGCGACACCGAGUUCCUCUUUGAUGUCUUCAUUCAGACCGUCGUCAAGGCGUCCGAGGACAACAGUGUGCUUCAGAAGCCUGUCCACUUUCCCGGCGGUACUGUCGAGGAGAACAACAAGCUGCACCCCCGUGUGUCGGUCAAGAAGGUUCUUGUUCUUGGCAGUGGUGGUCUCAGCAUUGGCCAGGCUGGCGAGUUCGACUACUCUGGCAGUCAGGCUAUCAAGGCGUUGAAGGAGGAGGGCAUCUACACCGUCCUCAUCAACCCCAACAUUGCCACCAUUCAGACCUCCAAGGGUCUUGCGGACAAGGUCUACUUCCUUCCCGUCAAUGCUGAGUUUGUUCGCAAGGUCAUCAUUCACGAGAAGCCUGAUGCCAUCUACUGCACUUUCGGUGGCCAGACUGCUUUGUCGGUUGGUAUCCAGCUCAAGGAUGAGUUUGAGUCUCUUGGUGUCAAGGUUCUCGGUACCCCCAUCGACACCAUCAUCACCACUGAGGAUCGUGAGCUCUUUGCCCGCAGCAUGGACUCCAUCGGCGAGAAGUGCGCCAAGUCUGCCUCAGCCAACAACCUCGAGGAGGCUAUGCACGUUGUCAAGGACAUUGGCUUCCCCGUCAUUGUUCGUGCGGCCUACGCCCUUGGUGGCCUUGGCAGUGGUUUUGCCAACAACGAAGAUGAGCUUCGUGAGCUGUGCAGCAAGGCCUUUGCUGCUAGUCCUCAGGUUCUCAUCGAGCGCAGUAUGAAGGGCUGGAAGGAGGUCGAGUACGAAGUCGUUAGAGAUUGCCAGGACAACUGCAUCACUGUCUGCAACAUGGAGAACUUUGAUCCCCUUGGUAUCCACACCGGUGAUUCCAUCGUUGUGGCUCCUUCUCAGACCCUCUCGGACGAGGACUACAACAUGCUUCGCACCACCGCUGUCAACGUCAUUCGCCACCUUGGUGUUGUGGGCGAGUGCAACAUUCAAUACGCCCUGAACCCCUUCUCCAAGGAGUACUGCAUCAUUGAAGUCAACGCCAGACUGUCGAGAUCCUCUGCUCUCGCCUCCAAGGCUACCGGCUACCCCCUUGCCUUCAUUGCUGCGAAGUUGGGUCUUGGUAUCCCUCUCAAGGACAUCAAGAACUCGGUCACCAAGGUCACCUGUGCCUGCUUCGAGCCGUCUCUUGACUAUGUCGUGGUCAAGAUGCCUCGUUGGGACUUAAAGAAGUUCAACCGUGUUUCCUCCCAGCUCGGCUCUUCCAUGAAGAGUGUUGGUGAGGUCAUGAGCAUUGGUAGAACAUUCGAAGAAGCGAUCCAGAAGGCCAUUCGCUCUAUUGACUUCCACAACUUGGGUUUCAACAAGACCGAGAGCGCUUUGAUCUCGCUGGAUGACGAGUUGCAGACCCCCUCUGACCAGCGUCUGUUUGCCAUUGCCAAUGCCAUGUACAAUGGCUACUCGGUGAAACGCAUCUGGGAGCUCACCCAGAUCGACAAGUGGUUCCUCGACCGUCUCAUGGGCUUGAUUGACUAUGCCAAGCACAUGGAAGGUCUGAAGGGCCAGUCUCUCAACGCCAACACCCUGCUUCGCGCCAAGCAGCUCGGCUUCUCUGAUCGCCAGAUUGCAAACUUUGUCGGUUCUUCUGAACUGCUGGUCCGUGAUGUGCGCACCAAGGCCGGAAUCACCCCAUUCGUGAAGCAGAUCGACACUGUCGCCGCCGAGUUCCCCGCCUACACCAACUACCUCUACACCACCUACAAUGCCAGCGAGCACGACAUCGCCUUCAACGACCGCGGCGUCAUGGUCCUUGGCUCUGGUGUUUACCGUAUUGGCUCCUCAGUCGAGUUCGACUGGUGCUCAGUGAGAGCUAUCCGCACAUUGAUGGAGUCGGGUAUCAAGACAGUCAUGAUGAAUUGCAAUCCAGAGACCGUAAGCACUGAUUUUGACGAAGCCGACAGGCUUUACUUUGAGGCCACCACUAUGGAGACUGUGCUCGACGUCUAUGAAGUUGAAAACUCCCAGGGCGUUCUAGGCGCCAUGGGUGGCCAAGGGCCCAACAACAUUGCCCUGCCCCUGUUCAGAGCUGGCGUCAAGAUGCUCGGUACCUCGCCUGAGAUGAUUGAUUCUGCCGAGAACCGGUACAAAUUCUCGCGUAUGCUGGACCGCAUUGGUGUCGAUCAGCCUACCUGGAAGGAACUCACGAGCUUCGAGGAGGCCAAGGCCUUCUGCACCAAGGUCACUUACCCAGUGCUGGUCCGCCCCUCGUAUGUUCUUUCCGGGGCUGCCAUGAACACCGUCUACUCUGAGGGUGAUCUCGAGUCCUACUUGAAGCAGGCCACCGCUGUGUCUCCCGAGCACCCUGUGGUCAUCACCAAGUACAUCGAGAACGCAAAGGAGAUCGAGAUGGACGCCGUGGCCAAGAACGGCAAGGUUGUUGGUCACUUUAUUUCUGAGCACGUUGAGAACGCUGGUGUUCACUCCGGAGAUGCCACUCUGGUUCUUCCUCCCCAGGACCUCGAGCCCACUACCAUUCAGCGCAUCGAGGACGCCACCCGCAAGAUUGCUGAUGCUCUCAACAUCACUGGUCCCCUCAAUAUUCAGUUCAUUGCCAAGGACAACGACAUCAAAGUCAUUGAGUGCAACGUUCGCGCGUCUCGCUCCUUCCCGUUCGUCUCCAAGGUCAUGGGAGUGGAUCUUAUUGAGAUGGCCACCAAGGCUAUCAUGGAUGUUCCUUUCGAGGAGUAUCCCAAGAUCGAUCGCACUGUUGACUCGGUUGCUGUCAAGGUCCCUCAGUUCAGUUUCUCGCGCCUGUCUGGUGCUGAUCCUGUGCUGGGUGUUGAGAUGGCCUCCACUGGUGAGGUCGCUUGCUUUGGCUCCGACAAGUAUGAGGCUUACCUGAAGGGUCUCAUGUCCACUGGCUUCAAGAUCCCCAAGAAGAACAUUCUGCUGUCUCUUGGUUCUUACAAUGACAAGCUGGAACUUCUUCCCUCGGUCAAGAAGCUUGAGGAAAUGGGCUACACCCUCUUUGCCACAGCAGGAACCUCCGACUUCCUGGCAUCUCACGGAGUCAAGGCGCAGUACCUUGAGGUCCUUGGCAAGUCUGAACAGGAGGCUCAGAGAAGCGAGUACUCGCUGGUUGACCAUCUGUCCAACAACAAGAUCGACUUGUACAUCAACUUGCCAUCCAGCAACAGAUACAGGCGCCCGGCCAGCUACGUGAGCAAGGGCUACCUCACUCGUCGUCUGGCUGUUGACUACCAAGUUCCUUUGGUUACCAAUGUCAAGAAUGCCAAGAUCCUGAUCGAGGCUAUCGCCAGGCAUUUUGAGCUGGAGGUCGGCAUCACCGAUUAUCAGACCAGCCACCGUACUGUUCAGCUGCCUGGCCUGGUCAACAUCGCCGCCUAUGUGCCCGGUCUGGCUGUUAGGGACAGCGGGGAUCUCCAGAGUGUCACCAAGGCUUCGAUUGCUGCCGGAUUCAGCAUGAUUCGCGUCAUGCCCCUUGGAGAGGGUGAAGGCAACUCGAUCACAGAGGCAAAGUCCCUCAAGAUCGCCCAGCAGAACAGCAAGCGUGGUGGCUAUUGCGACUUCAACUUCUCCGUCACCGCUACCUCUGACAAUGCUGACAAAAUCAGCCUUCUGGCCGGUGAAGUUGGCUCUCUGUUCAUUCCUUUCAACCACAUGUCAGGAAAGAACAUCAGCAAGGUUGCUGCUGUCCAAGCACACUUUGAUGCCUGGCCAACUCACAAGCCCAUCAUCACGGAUGCUCGCACCACUGACUUGGCCUCCAUCUUGCUGCUUGCCAGCCUCCACAACCGCCGCAUUCACGUCACCGCUGUCACCACCAAGGAUGACAUCAGAUUGAUUGCUCUUUGCAAGGCAAAACAGAUGAAUGUCACGUGCGAUGUGUCCAUUUAUUCCCUGUAUCUGUCCCAGGAUGGCUAUCCUGACUGCAGCUUCCUGCCCACUGCCAGGGACCAGGCUGCUUUGUGGCAGCACCUUGCCACCAUCGACGUCUUCUCUAUUGGAAGCUUGCCCUACCAGCUCGCUCAAAAAUUGGGGAAGCCAACUGAUGCCACUGUUGGCAUCGCCGAUGCACUCCCCCUCCUCUUGACUUCGGUUGUCGAGGGCAAGCUCACUAUUGAGGAUAUCAUGACACGUCUCCAUGACAAGCCCAAGGAGAUCUUUGAGCUCCACGACCAGAUUGGCACCACUUUGGAGGUCGAGGUUGGCCGCACCUACACCGUCCCUGAGACCGGCCCCUGGUCUCCCUUCGCUGGGAAGGUUCUGAAUGGCGCUGUUCAGCGUGUGACAUUCCAGGAUCAGGUCGCAUGCCUCGAUGGCGUCGCCGUGGAAGGUCCCCCCAAGGGUAAGGACAUGUCUACUCACGGAGCCAUGCCUGCCAUCGCCACCAUCACCUCUCCUGCCUUGAAGCCACUUAGCCAAGCGUUGUCCCCCUUGCCAGACUCGAGACUCCUUGCCUCUCCUGCCCGUGGCCCCUUCACAAACAAGUUGCAGCAGCUUCUUUCCAUGGAUUCCCCAUUCAGGAAGAAGCAUGUUCUUUCCGUGACAUCUUACAGCAGGCAGGACCUGCACCAUCUCUUCGACGUUGCUGAGGAGAUUCGCAACCGCGUCGACCGCCAGGGUGUCCUUGACAUUCUUCGCGGACGCCUGCUCGCCACCCUCUUCUACGAGCCGUCUACUCGCACCUCUGCCUCUUUCGAUGCCGCCAUGCAGCGUCUUGGCGGCCGCACCAUUGCCAUUACUACCUCGACUUCGUCGGUUCAGAAGGGUGAAACUCUCCAUGACACGUUGAGGACGCUUGCCUGCUACGCAGACGCUGUCGUCCUCCGCCAUCCUGAUGAGAAUUGCCUUGAGGUUGCCCCGAUCAUCCCUGUUCCCAUUAUCAACGGCGGUAACGGAAGCAAGGAGCACCCCACUCAAGCCUUCCUUGAUCUCUUCACUAUCCGUGAGGAAUUUGGCUCCAUGAAAGACUUGACCAUCACCUUUGUUGGUGAUCUCUUGCACGGAAGACCCGUCCACUCCCUUGUGUACCUCCUCAAGCACUACCGCGCCAACAACGUCAAGGUCAAUCUGGUUUCCCCCAAGUCUCUGGCCUUGCCGAAGGAUAUCUAUAGGGACCUCAAGGAAGCUGGCCAGAUUCUCUUUGAGAGUGAGAGCCUUACUUCCCAGAUCUUGGAGUCAACCGACGUGCUGUACGUCACCCGCGUGCAAAAGGAGCGCUUCGAGGAUCUCGCCGAGUACGACAGAGUCAAGAACUCUUACCGCAUCGACCAGAGCACUCUCCGUAACACAAAGCCCAGCAUGCGCGUGAUGCAUCCUCUUCCCAGAAACGAGGAGGUUGCUGAGGAGGUUGACUUUGACCAGAGAGCCGCGUACUUCAGACAGAUGAAACACGGUCUCCACUGCCGCAUGGCUUUGCUCGCUCUUAUUCUUUCUUAGAAGGAGUUGAGUUGAUCAUGACAUCUAUGGAAUGACGUUUGCUUUAUGUUCAUUUCUUUCAAUAGUUAUUAUAUAUGGGACGGAUGGGACAAAGGAUAUGGAUGGGAAAACUGGAAGGCAUGUUGAUUUUUGCGUUCUAUUUGCUUUUCGAGUCAGUGGUAUCUACGAUAGAUAGAUCCUAGACCAAACGACUCUCCUGGACCGAGAGCGACCUUGGAACCCUUUUUUUUCUUCUGGUAGCAUUUUCUUUGUUUGAUGAUAUCUCAUGACUUUGUACGAGUGAUACCCUUUUGCAUUGGGAUGGCGUAUGUAUAGGUAUGUUUUAUGCACAUGUAUUUGGGUUGCAUGUAGAGGCGUAUGUGCGUUUGGGUUGGGUUUGGGGUGCUUUGUAUUUAUUGUAUUUAUAUGUAUCAUUAGAUAUGUCCAUAAUUGGAUAACAAUUCAAUAAUAUGCUUUUUUG